AUGCAUUUCACUCUCCCAACCUUGACCCUCCUCGCACUCGGCGCUACUGGCGCCGUCGCCGGCUCUGGAGGCAACAACCAACAGUACUCCGUCCAUGUCAGCUCAAGCGCAAGCGCAAGCCACUCCAGCUAUUCCCACCCAGCAGUCACAACACCCAUCCCGACAAACAGCUCUAGCAGCAAAGCCGUUCCUAGCAAGACCUACACUGCGCCAUCUAAGAGUUCUUCGGCUGUGAAGCCUAGUAAGACUGCCACCGGUGGUGGUGGUGGCAGUGGAGGUUCCGGCUCCGGCUCUGGAUCAGGAUCAGGAUCAGGAUCAGGAUCAGGAGGAGAGGGAGAGGGAGAGGGAGAAGGCGAAGGAAGUGUCCCCACCUACGUUCCUGGAAACCCAGCUGCCAGAGUUGAUGCCCAGGGAGCUACGUUCCUUGGUGCUGCGCUCGGUGUCGUUGGCGCUUUUGCCGCUUUGGUUUAG